CUGGCGGCGCGGUCUCUGUGUACCAAAGACAGACAGACAGUGGUCGCUGGAGCGAGAGAGGGAGAGAGAAACUGUUCUUCUGACUGAUCCGCUUCUCCGCUCUGUAGCGAGUUCAGGCUCCGCUCUGCCCGAACAUGAAGGCCAUCAGCCCGGUGCUGCCGCUGAGGAGGAGCCCGUCCCUCAGCCUGGAGCGCGAGCUGGGCGUGUGGAGGAGUAAAGGCGGCGGCGGCGCGGAGGAGCCGCUCGGUCUGCUGUGUAACAUGAACGACUGCUACAGCCGCCUGAAGGAGCUGGUGCCCAGCCUGCCGCAGAACCGGAGCGUCAGCAAGAUGGAGAUCCUGCAGCAUGUCAUCGACUACAUCCUGGACCUGCAGAUCGCCCUGGACUCCAGCUCCGCCUCCCCGCAGCAGCAGCAGAGCGCGGCUCCAGAGACAGCGGUGAUCUCUCUACGGACUGUCAACCACACCAGCUACUCUCAGUCCAGUAGCUGUCUGACAGAAAUGACCUCAAAUGACCAUGUGACAAUUCCUCGCUGAAGCUAAACUGGUGUUUCGGUCACGGAGCAAAAACAGGACCUUUUUUUGUUAUUCCUCUGUGUCCGUUGCCUGGACUUCGUCUUAAAUGACAUGGAUUUCCCUCAAACGGAGAUGAAAAAAGUUCUGUGUGAUUUUUAUAUUUAUCUACAGGCUGUACAGUUCCUUCUUCCAAAGGAAGAUUUCUUAACAGGACAGACUGAGACGAGGCAAAGCAAAAUGAAGAAAAAGAAUACAUUUUAAUGCCUUUUUUUCCUUUUUGGUUAAACUUGUACAGUGUGUGAUUACACUACAGCCCAGGUGUGGUGAGAGCACUUAUACUGGUGCAGCCCUUCAAGCAGGGACACAGUGAGCUGCCCAGAGUGAUGGCCUUCAGGGAGUGCAACUUCUGGAGUCCCUCAGUCCCAGCACAUUCUAGUGUUUUCAGUGCUCCAACGCACCCAGUUAACCCUGACGAAAGGUUUAUCUAGGAGCUGGUGGGUUGAGUCAGGUGUGUUAAAGCAGGGAAAGCUCUCAAACGCAGGAUGUCUGCAGCACCAGGCCUGAGAAAUCUGAACUGAAUGGAGUGCACGGAUGAACAGCUUUAAAGCAGUUCAUCUUGCGCUGCGAGUGCUGUAAAGUGAAUUUUUUUUUUCUGCUGGAAUGUGACCUUUGUAAUGCUAUAAAAUAAUUUUAUAAAAGUAAUGUAAAAUUGCACUUUUUUAUAUGAAAUAAAUGAUAUGAAGGCUACAAAA